AUGCCUUCUGUGUAUGACCAAUUGAAGGCUUACCCUUCAGAUACCCCUACGGUGUCGCCCAAGGCGUACGCCAACAACGAGAAACUCAGCUUAUCUGGACGGGUGCUCAGUGUAGUACUGUCGUUGCCUACUCAGAUCAGUAAGGUGAACAGUGCUCUGGGGCAAACUACUUGGUCGGUGGACCCAAUUCGGGGCCAGCUGGCGUUGUACCUGUCGGUGCUUUUCCUUCAGCACGAGACAGACUGGGAGAGUCACCUUAUCGGUUGGACUGGAGAGUUGGUGAACAAGAGCAGUAAGCUUAGCAAUUUGCAUCUGGACAAUAUCAAGGAGGAUCCUUUGUAUUUGGACGAUGAGGAUAAACUGGACCUUGAGAAGAAGAUGAGACUGACGUUGAACUCGGAUAACGUGCAUCCGGUUUGGUUGUUGAGAAAAGACCAGGAUAGAUGGAGAAGGUAUGCUGAAAAAGUGAUCUGGCCGGUGUUUCACUACAUCCAGGGCCAGCCGAUCGAUGGGGCCCAGGAGGGCCAGGAAUGGUACGACUAUGUUCGCUUCAACGAGGCAUACUUUCAGAAAAUCAAGGCCAUCUAUAAACCUGGCGAUAUCAUCUGGAUCCAUGACUACUACCUAAUGUUGUUGCCUCAAUUGUUGAGGAUGGAGUUCCCAAACGCCUUUAUUGGCUUCUACAUGCAUGCUCCGUUCCCUUCUUCGGAGUACUACCGUUGUCUUGCUAAACGGACCCAGUUGCUUGACGGCCUUUUGGGCGCUGAUAGAAUAUCUUUCCAGAGCGAGUCUUUCCAGCGACACUUUUUGAGCUGCUGUGCUCGUGUUUUAGGCUAUGACGUGACUAAGCGCAGUGUAAAUGCAUACGGCUCGUCGAUAUCGACAGAGACGUUACCUAUUGGCAUUGAUACUAAGCGUGUGGAGCAUGACGCUUUCCAGGAUACUACCAUAGACGAAAAGGUGAAAGCGUUGCGGGAGAUUUACGCCGAUAAGAAGAUUAUCGUGGGCAGGGACAGAUUGGAUUCUGUUCGUGGCGUUCAACAGAAACUCCAGGCGUUUGAAAUGUUCUUGCAAAUGUAUCCUGAAUGGAGGGACAAGGUCGUUCUCAUUCAAAUCUCUUCACCUGGAUACUCCCACGACACGCGAGUUGAGAAGAAGGUAUCUGAUUUGGUUACACUGAUCAACUCUCGUUUUGGAAACCUCAAUCAUACCCCUGUUCUUCACUACCAGAUUCGCAUCAGUAAGGAUGAGUACUUGGCACUCUUGAGAGUGGCAGACUUGUGUCUUAUUACAUCUGUUCGUGACGGCAUGAACACUACAUCCUUGGAGUUUGUCAUUUGCCAGAAGGAGAACCACUCGCCAUUGAUCCUUUCGGAGUUUACCGGUACCGCAUCAGUAUUGAACGAUGCUAUAUUGGUCAACCCAUGGGACUCUGUCAGUAUAGCAAAGACAAUGAAUAAGUGUCUAAGAAUGGAUCCAGAGGAUAAGUCACAUCUUGAAGCAAGACUUUAUGAUCGUGUCACAUCCAACACUAUCCAGGUGUGGACGUCCACAUUCUUGGAGAACCUUCUUAGCCAUGUGGAAAAGACUCACCAAACCCAUCACACGCCUACUUUGAACAGACCCUUGUUGUUGAACAACUACAAAAACCUGGAAAGGCGGUUAUUCUUGUUUGACUACGAUGGAACAUUAACGCCGAUUGUGCAAGAUCCAGCAGCUGCUAUUCCUUCUUCACGGUUGCACCUGAUUGUGGACAAGUUGGCAGCAGACCCAAAGAACCAAAUUUGGAUUAUCUCUGGUAGAGAUCAAGCAUUUUUAGAUAAGUGGUGGGGCUCUAAGAAUGUUGGUUUGUCGGCUGAGCAUGGAUGCUUCAUGAAAGAUGUGGGAAGCUGCGAAUGGUACAAUUUAGCCGAAGCGUUUGACAUGUCUUGGCAAAUUAAGGUGGCGGAGGUAUUUAAAAAGUAUACCGAUGUGACGCCAGGGUCGAAUAUUGAAAAGAAGAAAGUGGCCUUGACAUGGCACUACCGAAGGUCCGACCCAGAGUUGGGCAAGUACCAGGCUGACUUGUGCUGGAAAGAACUACAAGACGGUAUUGUGAAAGAAUUCGAUGUUGAGGUGAUGGAAGGUAAAGCCAACAUUGAGGUGCGUCCUCGGUUCUUGAAUAAAGGUGAAAUUGUGAAGCGUCUAGUGUUGAACGGGCAUGCCAAAAAGCAAAACCCGCAUCUGAUUCAAUUGGAUGCUAACGAUAUCUCACCCAAUGAACUUCCCGACUUCAUGUUGUGUCUAGGUGACGAUAAGACCGACGAGGAUAUGUUCAGGUCCUUGAAAGAUAUCGAAGCUACAUGGCAUUUGAACGAGUUACCGAAGAACGAGUGGGGGUCCUACGGCGUCUUCCCUGUUCUCGUUGGACCUGCGGCAAAAGAAACGCUUGCUACAUCCCAUUUGAACGAUCCUUCACAGGUGAUAGAUACGUUGGGAUUGCUUUCUGGAGACGUGAGUUUAUUUGAAAGUGCUGGUUCGGUUGCGUUAGACGAUAGAGGACAUGUCGCUAACAGUCAAUCGAGCGAGAGAUCAAAGGUGGCUAUUCGUGCUGCCACGAUGAAAAAGGACGAAGCUUCACGAAACCUGCUUCACACGGUGAAGCCCGAGGAAUCGGUCAAGAUCUCUUCGUCUAAAACGCUCUAUGACUUUGUCCACAAUGACCUUCCUCUUAUCGAUACUUCCAAAAAGCUCUGGUUGAACCCACUUCUUUUCAAUGGUACGCUUCAGACCUUGUACUAUGCCAUGCACAAGAGUGAAGACAGGUUUAAGGUGUACUAUGGCCGUGAAUUGUUCAAGUACAAGGAUGGUGGUCAGGCAUCGUUAGACUGGGUGGUUCCUGAGCCAGAGUCUAAAGAGCAAUUCAAGAAGCUCUACGAAGAGACUAUUCCUGAGGACCUGCCUAAGCUUCAUCCUCGUACGAGAUUUUUCACCAAGGAGGAGCUCGAAGAGAAGCAGCAUCCAAAAGAUAGUGAGUCCACAGAACCGCUUUGUGUCGUUCUUCACGGUUUGGCAGGUGGUUCUCACGAACCGCUUAUCAGAAACUUGGGUGAAUACUUGGGCAACCACACUUCGUACAAAUGGGACGUGGUGGUGAUUAACUCUCGUGGAUGCUGCAGAACGAAGAUCACCACCGAUAAGCUUUUCAGUGCUUUUUCCACUGACGAUGUGAAGGACGUUCUUAUUGAAUUGAGAAAGAGGUACCCACACAGACCUAUCUACGGCAUUGGGUUCUCGUUUGGUGCUUGUAUUUUGGGUAACCUUUUGGGAAGUGAAGAUCCAGAAGUCCAGGAACUUAUUAAAGCUGCUGUGUUCAUUGGCUGUCCUUGGGAUUUGUCUGAUAGUGCUUACCAUGUGGACAGUUCGUUGACGGGUCGUAGAGUGCUUAACCCGGGCUUGACGUCUUUCCUCAAUAAGCUUAUCAAAUCGAACAAGCAAGAGCUCCAGAACUUCAACCCUGAUUUCUUCACCGAUGAAAGAAUUGAGGAGGCCAAGAGAUCGCUCAAAACCUACGAAUGGGAUAACUGCUUGACAUGCAAGAGCGUCGGGUUCAACAACGCUUUCGAGUAUUAUAGAGAAGGCUCGCCCUUGCGCCGCAUCCACAAGAUCAAGACUCCCGUGCUUGCGAUCAACUCUACUGACGACCCGGCUGUUUCUGUGCGUUUACCGAUCCACGAUGUUCAGAGCAACCCAUACUUGGCAUUGGUGGAGUCCGACUUGGGUGGCCAUUUAGGAUUUGUCAAGUCGUCUGGAGAGUUCUGGUGUGUUGAAGCCGCUGACGAGUUUAUUAACAAGUUCGAGGAGGCCACCAGGGCCCAGAAUUAG